CAGGCCGGAACUCUGUCAGUUUGUUGUAUUUUUCCAAAAUGAAGUGUAUUUGGUUGUGUUUUGAAACCAUUUACGCUAUCUAGAGUAUAAUUUGGACAGACAAGGGAACCAUAAUGCCUGAUCGUAUUACAGUGAAACGAUUUAUCGAGGAGACAAGAGCUGAUCUGAGUUCGCCCGUCACAUCCAAUUUUGCUGAACAUUCAACUCUAAACUCAUGUCGAGCCUCUAUUACGAAUUUAGAAGAGAUUCUAGAUGACAAUCGAACACAUUUACGCAACUUGAAAAAGUCUGUCAAAGGCCUAAUGGAGGCAGGAAAAACUUAUGUCACAAAUGAAUGUUUACUUGCUGAGAAUUUAGAGAGACUUGGGAUGUUUGUUUUGUCAAAAGAAGCUGAACCAAGCAUAGGAACAGCAUUCUUGAAAUUUUCUGUAGUUGCAAAGGUAGGAAUUACCUAUCUUAUCCUAUCCUAUCCUACCUAUUACGUAUUAAGCUAUUUAUGUACAUUAAAUUUUAUUCUACAUUUCCAGGAACUAUCUGCAAUCAUGAAGAAUAUGCUUAACAAUUACAACAACAUUGUUUUAUUUCCUCUGGAAUCAAUUUUGAAAGGUGAUCUGAAAGAAGUGAAAGGGGAUUUAAGAAAGCCAUUUGAUAAAGCCUCAAAAGACUAUGAUGCAAAAUAUACAAAACUUGAGAAGGAGAAGAAACAACAAGCAAAGGAGUCAGGAUUCACAAGAACUGAAGUUGCGCCACAAGAAAUAGCUGAGGAAAUGGAAAAGGAAAGACGUUACUUUCAGUUACAGAUGUGCGAGUAUUUGAUUAAAGUUAGUGAAGUGAAAAUCAAGAAAGGGGUUGAUCUCGCUCAACAUUUUGUGGAUUACUACCAUGCACAGAAUACGUAUUUUCUAGAAUGUACUGAGUCGUUAGACAACAUAAGAAGCUACACAGAAACUCUUGUCACUGAAUUGAAACAGCUAAGAAUCAAUCAGGAAGAUGAAAAAAAAAAUUUAAUUCUGCUUCGUGAUGAGGUGAAGGAAACCUUGCAGAUAGAUAGAGAGAAAAGUCUUGAAAGAGCUGGUUAUACUUUGCAUGGUCAACAAGGUGAUAUAAAUCACGGAACCAUGAUCAAAGGUUAUCUGCUUAAACGAAGCGAAGGAGUACGUAAAGUGUGGCAGAAACGCUACUGCGUUGUGAACAACGGGCAAUUAACCUUAGCAUAUUCCCCGAACAGCGCUCCGAAUCAUACAUUAAAUCUUCUAACAUGUCAAGUCAAGGGAUCUGUUGAAAAAGAAGGGAAAAAAAGUCCAAUAUUUAUCCUGGUCACACACAACCGAAAUUACCUUUUCCAAGCGGAAGAUCACUCAGAGAUGGAGCGAUGGAUGUCCGUUCUGAGUAACAGCAGAAAAGAAGCGUUAGAGAAAGCUUUUGGCGAGCAUGGGAACGGCCUGCAAAAAGACAAUUCCACAGAUGAAACAUAUGACCUGAGGCAGAGAAUCGUUCGUGUUGUCCAAAGCUUGCCUGGUAAUGAUAUCUGUGCUGACUGCGAUGCUGUUGAUCCGACAUGGUUAUCAACAAACUUGGGGGUUUUAACAUGCAUUGAGUGUUCGGGGAUCCAUCGAGAAAUGGGAGUUCACGUUUCUAGAGUGAGGUCGUUAACUUUAGAUAACCUGGGAACAGCAGAACUCCUGAUUGCAAAAGCUAUCGGAAAUGGUGGUUUUAAUGAAAUCAUGGAAGCAACACUUGAUGAUGAUUUUGUAAAACCAAAAUCAACCAGUAAGAUGGAAGAAAGAAAGCAAUUUAUAAGAGCGAAGUAUAUUAAUCAUCAAUAUGCACAAAAACUAGAGGAAAGUCCAUCAGCGCUUUCUAAGGGCCUGGCCAAAGCUGUGCAUAAGAAAGAUAUUUUAGCAGUUUUACAAGUUUUUGCUGAAGGUGUGGACCUUAGCGCACCAAUGCAUGAUCAGGAUGGUAAACAAACGACUUCACUUCAUUAUUCAGUAAAAAAUAAUGAAGAGGACACCUCUUUGCAUAUCGUAGACUUUCUUGCACAAAACACCACUAAUAUUGACGUCUUAUCUGAUGGUAAUUCUGCUCUGCAUCUUGCCGCAAGUCUCUCUAAGAGCGAGUGUAUAAAAGUUCUGGUGCGAGCUGGUGCUAAUUCCACUCAAGUGAAUAUUCAUGGUAAAACAGCUCUUGAGAUUGCCAUAAGCGAGGGUCACAGUGACACCACAGAACUGUUAAAAAGUGUUCAGGGAGGCAAACUAAGUCAUUGUGAUAACGUCAAGAUAGACUGGGGUCUAGAACAGGCGGAGAAUAUAUACGAGGAACCUUGCAAUUUUGGCGACCUACGCAUUGAUUUACAAAGUGAGGACGAAGGGAUUGAGGAACCGGUGAAGGUUCCCGCCACCCCACCGCGUAGCAAGCGUCGUCCAAUCAGCAUCGCUGCAUUUCCAGCACAAGUCCCCCGCAAUAGGACACCCGCAGGCAAUGACGUUGACGUCGCACCACCUGCGUUUAAUUCUGCCAGUCCUUCCAUGAACGUCAUCGGUGAACUAAAGAAAAGACAUGGGUUAGGGGAGGACCUUAAAAAGAAUCUAAGAAAGGUCGCACCUCCUCCCCCUCCUCCCACGUCAACUAUACCAAUGGCAUUUACCGCGGGGACUGUUUACCCCUCAACACAACAUUCAACGUUCACGAAAUCACAUCAACGCAGUAAUUCAACACCUCACGAAGACUCUCCCCCUCCAACUCCGCCGGUCCGCGGGGCCUCAGUCAGUCGACAGUCGCGCACACCCGCUCCCGUCCCUAAAACACGUCCUAUGUCCCCACCAAAGUUGGCCUCUUCCCAGUCUACUUCAGCAUUAAAUAGAAAACCGUCUAAAAAGUCUACUCUUGAAGGACGUCCAAAACCUCCGAUGGUCCCCAAACCGAAACUAGAAGAUUUAAACGAUUCUAGGAAAGUAACCCGUACUUUAUCGUCUUCCCCACCUUCCGUCCCUCCCCCUUCAGCACCACCACCCAUAGCUCGGCCUAUAUCUCCUCCCACUACAACAAUACGCGCCAAAUCCCCCCCAUCCAUAGCCGCCACCCAACCUACAAUAACGGCUGUACCCGUACCGACAACACAAGCCCAGAUUCCUCUGAACACAAGAGUAACAUCCCCUCCUACCAACCGGGUAGUGACCCCUCCUGCAAAACAAGAAGCAACCUCCCCGGAUCUCCCUCCUCCCCCACGACCACCAAAGGAUUUGAAAUCUAAGGGUGACGAAAGUAAACCUACAGGAAAUACCCCACCCCCUGAACUCCCCCCCAGGAAUAUAUCACCCGCUUCAUCAAAACCAAAAAUUAAACGUGUUCAAGCAGUGUAUGACUGUGACGCUGAUAAUGAUGACGAGUUAUCAUUUACGGAGGGUGAGAUCAUUGUAGUUUCUGGUGAGGCAGACCCUGAUUGGUGGAUGGGUCAUAUUGAAGGAAAUCCCAAGAGAGAAGGCGUGUUUCCGAUAACAUUUGUUCGUAUCUUGGAAAAAGAGUAACCCCAGGUGUCAUCCACUCCCCUCUCCUCCCGUGUGAUCCACCUACCCCCCCUCCCCAACCCUACUAUUUCUCUUAUGGCGGUUAUGAACCUU